GCAAUUUAGUGUCAGGACCUCGUGGAUGCAGUUGUGAAGCUCCCAGCUACAGGCGUCGCCAUAUUGUAGAGUCCGUGCAUGAAAUAUAUCAGCGAGAUGGAAAAUAAUUACGGUAUCACGGUAACUAAUAGGUAUAGAUUGUUCUUGGACGACGAUGAGGACCCAUUAGAAGUCCUCAAAGUCCAAGAACAGGCUAAAGAAGCUAAGAAGAAAACUAAGGUAUGCGAAAAGGAGAAGGAAAAUAAGAGCAAGCCGGAAUCAAAAACUAAGCAACCUCCACAAGUCCGAAAAAACGUGAGGGAACCUGUGCAAAGUGUGAAAUCUGUAGAUUCAGGGAAGAUCAAAGAAGAUCAGAAAAGCAAGCCAACUACCCAGCGUGCGUCUCAAGAUAGAGAUCAGAGGAAUGUAAAGUUCAGUGACUCACGUGACCGAGAAGAACGUAAUAACUGGAAAAAUCAAGAACGAGGUGGUCAGAAUAAUGAUUUCAACAGGGAGCCAAGAGAUCGUGAUACUGCAAGGCCAGAAGGUACAGAAGGAAGAUUUAGAGGUCGAGGUGGCCGUGGCGUAUUCCGUGGUGGCCGCGGAGGUCCGCCUAUGCGUGGAAUGCGUGGUGGUCUGGGCUAUGACACUCGUGGAAAACGUGAAUAUGAUCGUCAAUCUGGAUCCGAUAAAACAGGUGUGAAACCUGUUGACAAGAGAGAAGGUGGUGGCGCUCAUAACUGGGGAAAUCACAGGGAUGAAAUACAGGAGCAGCUGAACACCCAAGUUCAAGAUGAUCCUGACUGGCAAGCUGAAGAAUUUGUGCCAGAGAAUCCAACAAAAGAUGUUCAGGCCUCAGACUCGGAAGGUGAUACACCACAGCCAGUAGAAGAUGAAGGACCUAGGGUACUCACACUUGAUGAAUAUUAUGCCCUCCGUCGUCACCGGCAGAAACCAACUUACAAUAUACGCAAAGCAGGAGAAGGUGAAGAUCCAUCUCAGUGGAAGAAAAUGUACGCUUUAACAAAGAAGAAAGAAGGAGAAGAGGAGGAAGAAGAGGAGGAGGAAUACGAUGCAUCAGAAUACCCGCAGCGUGUUGGACGACAGAAGCACAUCUUGGAUAUAGAUAUUCACUUUGCUGACUCGAGACGUGGCAGUAGAGCUCGUGGUCGUGGUGGUAUGCGAGGUGGCCGUGGCAUGCGAGGUACAGGACCUGUAGGCCCUGCCCGUAAUGGAGGUGUUGGAAGAGCAGGACCAUUGGGUGACCGUAAUCAGAUGAGAGACCGAUUUGAUAGACAAGAGAAUUUCCAGAAUCGUAGUCCUCGGCAGCAGAGUGCUCCAAAGUUUGAUGACGACCAUGACUUCCCAUCUCUUGCAUAAAAUUUACCAGGCUAGUCAACAGUUUGUUGCUGAGUGCAUAUUGUACUAAAAUUAAGAAGUUCAGUUUGUGCAAAGUGAAUUUAUCAAUAAUGCUCUAAAGUUAGAUUUUUCCUUGCAAGUUUUUAAUCCGUGUUGAUAUGUUAGCAAUGGAAGAAAGGGGGCAAGGGAGGUGUGUGUGUGUGUGUGUGUGUGUGUGUGUGUGUGUGUGUGUGUGUGUGUGUGUGUGAGAGAGAGAGAGAGAGAGAGAGUGAGAGAGAGAAAUUCUGCUGUGUUUUGCUGUCUGUUAAGUAAAUUUUUGGUGUGCAGUGUGAAAAAUUAAUACAUACACUUAACAGUGAACAUUCUUAGGCUGACCAUUGAUGGUAGUGUGAUUUAAAUUCCUCUUUGUAUCAAAACAGUGUGAAUUUGAGAACAGACAGUUGUUAAUUUUAUAAAACAAAUUUUCUUGUGUGUUGAGGGAGAGGAAGGGAUGAAUGUAGUAACCAUUAACCUUCAUGAUUACAUUGGCUGUCAACGGGGAGUAUGUCUUCUGCAGUUCGAAUAUACAAAUUUAACAGACAGCUGUUAAUUUUAUAAAACAAAUUUUCUUGUGUGUUAAGGGAGAGGGACAAAUGUGCCAGUCAUUAACCUUGGCUGUUAAAGAGGAGUAUGUCUUCUGCAGUUCGAAUAUACAAAUUGGGGAAGUGCGUUACCCUUGUUACAGUGGAUAAGCUUUAGAAACAAAGGAGCAAUAUCAACAACUACAUAUAGUCUUAAUAGUAUCAUUUUGUACUCCAGUUAACAAAUGUUGGAGUACUGUUCACAGAGGAGUGGAUUCUACUCUGUAUUCGUCUGUGAGGAUCCUUUCUGACCGGAGGUAUCAUGUUCAGUAUUAAAUUAUAACUGUGUAAUUGAUCUGUAAUAUUCUUGUUCAUCAUUAUUAUUUCAAAAUAAGUCAUUAAACUUCCUGGAAGUGCCUCAGUUACAGGUAGUACAUCUCUCAAAAUGUUUGGCUAAUGAACAUAGAUGUAUUUUGUGUGUGUGGGGGGGGGGGAGGGGGAGAGAGAGAGAGAGAGAGAGAGAGAGAGAGAGAGAGAGAGAGAGAGAGAGAUGAUGAUGAUGAUGAUGAUGAUGUACUGUUACUUUUAUCAUCAGGGCAGGUGACCUCCCAAGGGGGGAACUAAAUUUGUCAAGGUGAUGCCUGGUACAUGUUUGAAGUGAGAUUGUUUGCAAAAGAAAUGAACCUCUAUAUUUUAGUAAUAGCUCUGAUUUUUAAUGGUAAUUUAAAUGUAAAAAAAAAGUACUAGAUAUAUUACAGUAGUAGUGUCUUCAUAUUAGAUGCAGAAAUAGGAACUGAAGUGCACAUAUAGACUGGCGGACAAGUGCACGUGGAUUAGAUGGAUUUUGUUUUCUGAAGGAUUAUUCAUUUCUCUUAUUCUGAUAGAAUAUUGAAGAAAAAGCUGUAGGGGUGGCGGGCAUUAUUUCACAAGCCUGUUCUGCCACUUGGCUUCCUUCAAAUUCAGAAUUUGGUUUAACUUUACCUUUUCUCAAUUACCUGUUGACUACCCUGUCAUCCUAUUACUUCUGUGCUUCAUAAAAACCAAGAAAUAAUUAAAAAUUUCUGAAAGCUCGAGUUUCAACAACCAUGUUUGUGUGAACACAUGUCCAUAUUGUGGAGGCCGGAUAGAUGUUGCUUGUCAAUUGUUAUAGUAUUUUUUUCUAGUCCUUCAUACUAUAAAAUUUUGCAUAUGUUAACAAGUAAUGUUCCAAAGAAAAAAUUUUCAUUGUAAUAACCAGUGAUGCGACAUUCUGUGAAGGCAAGGACAUCACUGCCAUGUCGUUCUAGAGAUUUGGAAAUACAAUAUUGCGUACAGUUUCUAGACAGAAACUUCCUUUUGCUCACACCCAACAAAUUAAAAUGAAUGCAAAUUCUGGCAGUUUUGUGUUCAGUGAUACUUGCUUUCAGCUUACUUGCAGAUUCGAUUAUUCGUUGCUGUAAGCAACAAUGUACAUUCAAAUAAAAUUUUCAUUCCUCAAAAGUCUGAAAAUUGAAUUAACAUUAUUAAUCAGGAAUAUGGUUGUUAAUUUUAGAUUCUAAGAGAGAGAAUCUGAAUACAUUGUUGUAGCCUUCUGUAUCAUUAUGAUGCAGGAGCCUAUGUAAAUGCCUAGGAGCUGUUACUAAGAUACGAUUUGAAUACAAGUUUCCAUUACAGUAUAAAGCAGAACUGCUGGGUCAAUCAUUACCACCUGUAAUCCCCUUUUUCCUUGCGAAUUUGCUAUGGAGUGCAUAAUUAGGGAUGCUAUAAUUCCAGUAUUGUAAAUUAGCUCUACUUUUUAAAGUGUGAUUGGUGUUCUUACCAUCUGUCAGAACAGAGCAUGGCUCUGUAUUGAAUUGUUUGUCAAAAUAUUUUUUAGUGAACGUGAGAUUCACACACUACGCACCAUCUUAAAUUGCAUUAUUUGCAGUGAAAAAGGCUUCACAUCUGCAGCCUUAAGAUUAAAUUUAUUAUAAAAUACUUCCUUAAUGAAAUCUCUGACAGGUUAUUGGACAGUUCAGAAGAUUCUUUUGUAGAUAUUUAGUUCUGUUCAUCCACUCCCUUUCCCCAGCACUUUCUCCAUUGUAUCCCUCCCAUUGAUGUCAUGAAUAAUGGAAUGGUAACUGCAUGUUGUUGAAUUACGAUGUUACAGUGUUUAGUGAUGUUGUCUGCAGUAAAUAUUGUGUGUGUGUGUGUGUGUGUGUGUGUGUGUGUGUGUGUGUGUGUGUGUGUGUGUGUGUGUGUGUGUUAGUGGCUUCCAGAAAUUUUCAGUUAAUUUCUUACUGAUAAACUGUAUCAGGUGUUUUUGUUGUUGAUACAAAAAUGUGAACAAGUUUUCUUAUGUGAAAUGAUAGUGUGCAUCUUCUGAGGGUAAUUGACUAAGUGAAGUAGUGUUUGGUUUUGUUUGUACGGAGAAAAGUUUUUUCUAUGUUAUUAUGGAACAGGUUUAAUUUCAAUGUGAAAUGUGUACUUGUUCCCCUUCAAAAUGUAAAAGCAGUUGUCAAACAGUGUUUGAUUCCAGUUGAACUUGUAAUCAGUACUGAAUCUUUGACUUGAACAGGGUUAAAGCCAGUGAGAUCUUUAAAUGUUCUGGUGGUGCAGUGUUAAGAUACACUGAGCAGUACAGUCUUGUACUGUUCGUGCCUUGUCAGUCACUUUGAGCCUUAAUCUGCAAGAUGAGCUCCAGGCUCCUGUGAAAAAGUGACAGCAUUUUUGGUUCAAUAAAGUGUUCAGAGCAGUGCCAGGCAGGUGCAUUGUUCCGUGAAUUCAACUUAACCAUAUUUGUAUGAUGAGAAAAGGCUGUUUGGGACACAAGUGGAUAGUGCAUGUGAAUAGUACAUGUGUAUUUGGAAAAGACUGACUUUAAUUAGCUCAUUGGAAGUGUGUUCUACGGAGAUGGGGCUGUGUGUUUGCUGUAUUCAAAUUAUUGUUACAGUUUGAGUGGAACAGACUCUUUUGGUUACUAUACUUUCAGUGAAAAAGUGUUGAGAAUCAGAAUAAUUGAGGUUUUUAGUUUAUUUUUGCAUCAAGUUAAAUAUUUGUGUUUACUUAUGCUGUCUCAUCAGCCAGUUUGCUCUUUAAGUUGAAAGUUGGUCAUAGUAGGCCUUAUUUAAUGCUGGUGUGAUAAGUCAUCUUCUGAGAUAAGUAAACAGAACCUACUCUGAAUUAUGUGGAAGUGUAAACUCAUUGCUCGUUUGAAAAAACUCAACUAUGUAAUUUUAUUUGUUAUCAAAUACUUAAACAUUUAAUAACAAUUUUCUGCAUGGAGCAGUGAACUUAAUGUUCUGAAAUUGAAACUGAUUUUUAUGAAUGUCCAUGCCAGAAAAUAGAUAAAAUUUAAACUAUUUUCUUCUUAAAGAAGCUGCUGUUACAGUUACACUUGUAGUUCACAUUGACCUGUGAUUCUGAUUCAAGCAGGUACUCUGUUUUGAAGUUAAGUGUAAUUUUUUAAUCACUUAUAGUUAAAGCACCUGUACAGUAAUGUAAUAGCAGCUUCAGAAUUUCAGUUUGUUUGUAAAGGAAAUUUGUUACUGAACUUAAAGUGUUAAAUUUUGUACAUAUAUAUACAAUGUAAGACUUUUAAGUUAUACUGUGAAUUGAUUAAAUUUUGGAAGUGUAUGCAAAGCUUCAUUCUAAUUUUGAAAAAUUAAAUUGAUUUAAUUUCAAUGAAUUUCUUACAAAUGUCUGUUUAGCAGCAUGUCAAAGAGAUUCUUGUUCGUUGGAAUUUACUGUGUGUUAAUGCAUGCCACAAGUACAUUACAUACAAUACCUGUCAGUUUUAAUUCAAACAAGUGUUUCAUGGAGUUACAAAUUUUUACUGAAGUAAAUUAGUUUGUUGAACUAAUUUGAAUAACUUAGUGAUUUUUUUUUCUUUUUCUUCUUUGUGUGUGGGUGUACCUGUGUGUGCACUCAGAUAUGAGUGGUAUGGACAUAGAUUAUUUUUAAGGCAGUCUUAUAUUUUAAAGGGGUAUUUCUCCCUGUCCAUUGUGGGGUCUGUGGAGUAGCAUCUUUAUCACCCCACUGUAAAGGAAUUCUGCAAUGAAAUAUUCUCCGUUAAUGGAGAAAUGUGUUGGACCAUCACAACUUGUGCAGGCACACCAAAAGAACAAAUUAUUGCCUCUCAGUGAUAUUUCUUGUGAUAAGUUAUUGGAGUAAAAACUUAAUUGACAAAGUGUGUGUCACAGGAUAUUAAACGCCAAAAAGCAAGUGUCUCUAUCUGGUGUAGACUACCUUAGUUUGGUAACAUAGUGUACAAAUUGUAAAGUUACAUAACUCAUUAUGUAUGCUCAUUUAAUGAAUUCCAUAAAAGUGCCUCCUAUUUCUUGGGUUAAA